UAGUCCUGAAGGUAAUAAAUAUCCACGCCUCGCCCAUCCACUGCAACCUCCCCAGGGAACACACCCACCUAGCAACCGCGAGCGGAGCUGAUGAGCGACGCUGCGCCUUUAAUUCCGGGGCUGGGGUGGGGGCGGUGCAGAGAGGUUCCGCUUUCCCAUUCCCUCCGCACCUCCAGUGGCAGCUGUCACCUGUAAGCCGAGCACCGCGCAGGGGCAUGGAGCCAGAAGCCCAUUGGAUAGGACCUCUCAGCAGCAACCUACCCCCCAAUCUGGGGGCCAGGCCCGGCGCGGGCGGAGGGCAGGAGUCCCAGGUGCCCUUCGCCCUGAGACUUCCCAGUACAGCGGCGAGGGCGUGACUGCAGUCCAGUUUCUGGGAUCAGAGCCCUAGGUGAGCCGGGCUGGGCGGCUGGGGCGACCCCAGAGUCACAGGGACCGAGCAUGGCGCUGGCAGCAGCCGCUGCUGCGGCCGCCGCCGCGGCAGGGGUGAGCCAGGCGGCGGUGCUGGGCUUCCUGCGGGAGCACGGCGGGCAGGUGCGCAACUCCGAGCUGCUGAGCCGCUUCAAGCCGCUGCUGGACGCUGGGGACCCACGGGGCCGCGCGGCCCGUAGGGACCGCUUCAAGAAGUUCGUCAACAACGUGGCCGUGGUGAAGGAGCUGGACGGGGUCAAGUUCGUGGUGCUGAGAAAGAAGCCCCGGCCGCCGGAAGAACCCGAGGCCCCACUCCCCUCCAACCCUGGGGUGCCAGACGCGCUGGCCGAGUGCGCUGCUGUCCCAGCGGAGGACAGCUGUGCCCCAGGAGCUCCCCACUCCCCACAGCCAUUGGGAGAACGGCAGGAGGACUGGUCCGCACCAUCUGAGAUACAGCACACCUCUGAGACCCCACCCUCCGGGGUCACCCUGGUUGAGGCUCCAUCAGACUCAGAGCCACAGCCCAGGGAACCCGAGAAUCCAGAGCUACCUCAGUCCUUGGAGGUAGCGUCCGAGCUAGCCCGACCCGCCAGCGUGCCCUCCGGGCUGGUCCUGUCGAGCACAGAGUCGCCAGGCCAGGAGCCUGCACCUCCCACGGCGCAAGUGCCACCGAAGAAGCCUUGCAUGCUGCCGGUGCGCUGCGUCGUCCCUGGCCCCGCGGCGCUGCGGAUCCGCGCGGAGGAGCAGGGCCUGCGCCGGCAGCGGUCGGAGGAGCCGAGCCCGAGGGGCUCCCCGAUGCUUCUGCGGAGGCUCUCGGUAGAGGAGUCGGGUCUGGGACUUCACCUGGGACCUGGCCGCUCCCCGCAUCUCAGGCGCCUGUCGCGCGCCGGCCCCCGCCUGCUAAGUCCGGACAUGGAGGAGGUGCCCAUCGCGCCGCCACCGCCACCCGCGGUGCCCCUGGAGCCCACGGAGCACGAAUGGCUCGUGCGCACGGCCAGCGGUCGUUGGAGCCACCAGCUACACGGGCUGCUCCUGCGGGACUGUGGCCUGGCUGCCAAGCGCGACUUCAUGUCGGGCUUCACCGCCCUACACUGGGCAGCCAAGAGCGGCGACCGGGAGAUGGCUCUACAGCUGGUGGAGGUGGCGCGGCGUGGGGGCGCGCCCGUGGACGUGAACGCGCGCUCGCACGGUGGCUACACGCCGCUGCACCUGGCGGCUCUGCACGGCCACGAGGAUGCCGCUGUGCUGCUAGUGGUGCGCCUGGGCGCCCAAGUGCACGUCCGCGACUACAGCGGCCGGCGAGCCUACCAGUACCUGCGGCCUGGCUCCUCCUACGCGCUGAGGCGUUUACUAGGUGACCCUGGCCUGCGAUCUACGACGGAGCCUGAUGCGGCCAGUGGUGGCGGUGGGAGCCUUGUGUCUCGGCACCCCGUGCAGGUGGCCGCCACCAUCCUCGGCUCCACCACUAGCGCGUUUCUGGGCGUCCUGGCUGAUGACUUGAUGCUCCAGGACCUGGCCCGUGGCUUAAAGAAAUCAAGCUCCUUCAGCAAGUUCUUGGGUGCCUCGCCCAUGGCUCCCCGAAAAAAGACCAAGAUUCGUGGUGGCCUGCCAUCCUUCACCGAAAUCUCUCGUCGACCCACUCCAGGACCUUUAGCUGGUUUAGUGCCAAGUCUGCCCCCUCCAACCUGAAUAGCGUUGAAGCUACCAAGGCCUUGGUUGACCUAGCAGAGCCUGUGGCAUGCCGUCUAAGCCUGUCCAAGACAGGGCCAAUCAACACCUGCAGCCUGUCUCUCUUCCAACUUUAUCUACUGCACCCUGCUGUAACCAGAUGGGCCUCCACCUUCCGUUUGAAAUUUGAUGUGCCUACAGAGGUGGGAUUCUUGUUCCCCAGAAGAGGAACCAAGCUGUCAUGCUUGAUCUUGGAAGGAGACUUGAAGUUUAGGGUCAAAGGUUAAGGGGCAGCAGCUGGUCUGGCCCCUAGAGGUGUUAACCAGAGGCCUCUGGGUGGACACAUUCCCAAAUCAGAAGUAGAGGGUGGCUCUCUAGAUGUUCAAAGAUGGCAACUUUAAGAGCUGUAGUGGCUUUGUGUAAUUUGAUGCUUUUAUUCUGUUUUUAAAUUAAAAUGAGGUACAGCAACUUUGAUAAUA